AACAGGGGGAAGGGCCAAAAGAGAGAGAAAGGAAGAGAGAGAGAGAGAGACACUCUGGCUCCCUUGGAGUUUGGAAAAAGAUUUCCGUCACAAUGACAUCCCCAGGUCUUUGGCUGCUGGGCUUCGCGUUGGGCUUCCCCUUCAGCUCUGGGGCAGGUAAGGUGUUGCCAACAGCCGAGGAGGCCCCGCGGGGACAGACACGCACUCACGCGCUUCCCUUCCUCCUGCCCAACUUUCGCCUGCACCAGCUGCAGCCCUUCCCACAGACGCGGAGGGAAUUCGCCUCACAGAAAAGUCGUGCAGCUUUGCUGAGCAAAGUUGUGGCGCUUUAUUAUUAUUAGCCAAAGCUGAUGAGCUGCAAUUAUUAUUGUUAUUAUUAUUAUUAUUAUUAUUAUUAUUAUUAUUAUUAUCAUCAUCAUCAUCAUCAUUAUCCACAGUUAUUGAGCUUUAUUAUUAUUAUUAUUAGCCAAAGCUGAUGAGCUGCUAUUAUUAUUAUUAUCCACAGUUAUUGAGCUUUAUUAUAUUUAUUAUUAUUAUUAUGAUUAUUGGCCAAAGUUGAUGAGCCAUUCUUAUUCUUAUUCUUAUCCACAGUUAUUGAACUUUAUUAUUGUUAAUAUUAUUAUUGGUCAGAGUUGUUGAGCUUUUAUUAUUCUUAUUAUUACUCACAAUUAUUGAGCUUUACUAUUACAGUAUUAUUAUCAUCAGUGCUUUUUUCUAAAAAAAAUGUUUAGGGGGGUACUCUCAUUUUGACUCAAGAAAAUCACCAUUAUGUAGUUCAGAUCGGGAAAAAUAAAUACAGUAAACGGACAAAAGUACAAAGAUUCGCAAAUUGUUUAGGGGUAUGUGUACCCCUGCAUCCCCUCAGAAAAAAAGGACUGAUUAUUAUUGCCCAAAGUUGUUGCGCUAUUUAAAUUAUUAUUAUUAUUAUUAUUAUUAUUAUUAUUGCUGCUCAAAGUUGUUGAGCUAAUAAUAAUAAUAAUAAUAAUAAUAGUCUUGCCCAAGGUUGUUGAGCUUUAUUAUUGGCCAAAGUUGUUGAGCUAUUAUUAUUAUUAAUAUCAUUGCCCAAAGUUGUUGAGCUGUUAUUAUUAUGCCAAAGUUGUUGAGCUUUUUUAUUAUUACUAUCAUUAUUUUGGCCCAAAGUUGUUGAGCUUUUAUUAUUCUUAUUAUUGCCCGAAGUUGUUGAGCUUAAUUAUUAUUCUUAUUAUAACUAUUGGCCAAAGUUGUUGAGAAUGACGUUUUUGAGAUAUGUUCAUGGAAAAUCAGCAAAAACACCAACACAGGUUGCUGUACGUCCGGAUUUUCACGGACAUACCCCCGAUUUCCAGCCAGGCACCACUGCCGACUGCAGUAUUCCGGCUGCGCCCGGAAGAUUCCGGACUUGUGGCAACCCUCAACUCCCCCCCCCCCCGAGCCUUGGGAAGGAACCUUUGCACCUGUGUGCGCGCCUGAGGGAGAAAAACUGUGCACCAGCCUCUGGCCUGUUUGGGAUGUUAAUUCUGUGUAUAUAUAUAUAUAUGUAUAUAUAUGUGUGUGUGUGUUUUUCUGGACUAGCAGAAUAGAGACAUCUAUAAAAGUUGCCCCUUCCAUGGCAUCUAAAUUAUGACAAUUGGUGAGGUGGUGAGGCUGUAGGGUUGCCAUAUUUCAAGAAGUAGAAAUCCAGACACAAAGAGCUGUUGAGCUUUUUUUGGACACACACACUUCUCGGUUCUGUUUGCGAAAACCCAGACAAUUUGCCAUUUUAAAAUGAAAAUCCCCCACCUGAAUGGUAAAUUUCAUCUUUGGAACCCUGGACAUGUUCAGGGGAAAACAGACAUAUGACAACCCUAGCGCAACAGGGACUAUGACCAUUUGUUCCUCACGCUGGCGAGAUAGUGCAGCGAAUCCUAAGCCUCCAGAGAUAGGAGAGGAAGGGGGGGAAAAGAAGAGAGAGAUAAGAGAGAAAGAGAGAGAAUUUGCAGAGGAGCUGCUUGACGCCUUCCCUAGCAACAUAGCCUUCGACCGAGUGAGUCCAUCUAGCCCAUUGUUAUCUGUACUGACUGAAUAGCUUAGUUGGUUAAUAAUAAAUCAUCAUAAUCAUAAUCAUAAUCAUAAUCAUUAUCAUCCUAUUAUUUGUACCCCACCCAUCUGACUGGGUUGUCCCAGUCGCUCCAGGCAGCUUCCAACACACACAUAGCUGUCAAGUGUCCCUUAUUUGAAGGGACAGUCCCUUAUUCCAGCGCCAUGUCCCGCUGCUGUCCCUUAUUGAUGGAUGUCCCUUAAAUUAUGUCCCUUAAAUUUCAAAGGAAGCAGCUCCUCUCCCUCCCUCCCUGCCGGCCAGGGAGGAGGGAGGCUCCAACUGUGUUGCUUGGCUGUGUUGCUCACCCAAUAAGAAGUCUAAGAACGACUGGGGGGUGGAGCUUGCAUGCCUUGUGUGUGGCUAGUUAAUGCAAGCUGAGGGGUUUUUGAAUGCUGGACGCCAUUUUGUUGCACGUGCUGCUGCAAACUUUGCAGUGCAAAGCCAGGCCGGGGAGCCAUCUUAAGUUGAGGCUGCAUAGGCCUUGUGGUGCAUGUGAUUCAUAUUCUAUUCAGUUGAACCUCUGGUUACAAAGUUGGUUGGAGAGUGUUCUCGAAGCUACCAGCAUGAGUUUGACCAGACUGCAGGAGGACAGGAAGACUGGAGUGCCUGGAACAGGUGAGGCUGCAGGUCCCUUAUUUUGACUGCUGGUCCCUUAUUUUCAAGGCUGCUGGUCCCUUAUUUUCAAAUCUGUAAGUUGACAGCUAUGAACACACAUAAAAACAUAAUAUGGAACUGAUGAUGUCAAGGUUGCAGGUUCGAUCCUUGUAUGGGGCAGCUGCAUAUUUCUGCUUUGCAAGGGGGUUAGACUAGAUGACCGUCAGGGUCCCUUUCAACUCUAUGAUUCCAGCGUUUCGGGUGAAGGACAUUCCCAGCUUGAAACCUGCUUCAUCCCAGUUUAAUUUUUUCCUCCCUUGUGCUUGGGCUAAACUUGCAGUCUUAUGCAUUCUUACUGGGGAAUGAGCCUCACUGAACUCUAUGUAAGCAAUGCAGGGAGUAAACAAUGCAAAGCAGACGGCUGUGCUCCAAGUCACCUAUGUGUAUUUUAUUUAAAAUUAAUGUAUUAAAAUUAUUCACACAGAGACCCCUCUUCCUCCUCCUCCUAAUAUACAUAGCUUAGUGACUAUUUUAAUAUUCCACAGUUUAAAAAUGCUUUUAUAUAAAAUAAAAUGUGUGGUUCUAGAAUGAGGAUGACGACGAUACAUUGUACACUUUGGGCAUUCUUGCACUAUGUUCAUCAGUUUUGUGUGGGGAGGGGGACUCCAACAGGAAAUUUUACCAAGCCUGGCAGCAGCACUCAUAGAUCUAGGGCUCCUUCUGAUAGUGAUAAGGAUCCUGGAGAUCCAGAAAAGUAUAAAGCAGAAUGCUUGUAUUACAUUCUUCUAGGUCAGAAUUAGCUAGAGCGGAUCAGGCCGAGUCAAUCAUUGCACAAGAGGGGAAGAGCUGUAAUUGGAAAUAUAAAAAGAUCAACAUUUGCCUUUUUAUCCUGCCUUUCCUCAAAGGACCUCCAAGCAGCAUGCAUUAUUGGCUACCUCCCAAAACAACAACACACAUAUAAAAAACGUUCUGAAAAUGCUUUUUCAAAAAAGCGUUUUUAAAAACACAUUGAAUUUUCCAUAAGGCUCGCCAUCGCCAUCUAGUGUCACAUUGUAUAUUGCACUUCAAACGUACUUCAAACGUUUUAUUUGCAGCUUUAUAGCUGAGUCCCUUGUGAGGUUAGGUUAAGUUGAGAGAGAAACUGACCAGCCCAAGUUCACUCACUGGUCUUUGGAGCUGAGCAGGGAUUUGAAUUCAGGGCUCCACUUGCCAACACAUUUAAAGCAGUAUCAUGGCCCUUUAAGCAGCCAUGGCUUCUCCCAAAGAAUCUUGGCAACGGUGGUUUGCUAAAAGUGCUGAGAAUUGUUCAGAGGCCCCUAUUCUCACAGAGCUACUGUUCUCAUAGUUCUCAGGGAACAGGGAUUGAUUGUUAAACUACCCUGAGAAUGGUAGCUAUGUGAGGGGGAACAGGGGUCUCCUAGCAAUUCUCAGCACCCACAACAAACUACAGUUCCCAGGAUUCUUUGGGAGAAACCACAACUGUUUAGUGAUAAAACUGAAGAGUCCUAGGCCCCAUCUGCACUAAGGAAAGGUAUAUGAUUCAUUAGAACACCCUGGGAUGAGACUGCGGUGAAAUCUAAACACAUUUUUUUAAAAAAACACACACCAUGAAAAUGCUUUAAAAAAAAGUUUUGAAAAAUACAUUGAAUUUUGCAUUGCUCACCUUCGCCAUCUAGUGUCACAUUUGCAUAUUGCGCUUUGCAGCCCAUUUAAAAUGCUUAUUUGCAGCUGUGUAGCUGAGUCCUGUGCAACCCUGAACUUUCCUUUUCGCACGGCAUGCAGUUGGCCCUUGUGCAUAUGAACACUUAGCUCUACGGUAAAUGGGGCACCCAAGAAUAUACGGACAGGAAAAUUUUAAUGUAAGCGCCAUCUGAUAAAAGCGCAACCCAUUACAUGACAACCUACCCCUUGGAAUCACAUGCGAUGGACUAAAAAACAGAAGUGGUGGGUCUGUUCAAUCAAAGGAGUGCAGGGUGGGGAGAAAUGGGCAUGGUUAGAUGGAAAAGCCACCAUUUGGCCUGCAAGGGAUUUUCCUCUCCCUUCAUGGCAAUGUUCUGCCUUCGCAGGCGGUAUCAGGGCAAUCUUUAGUCUCACCAGCUGUGGUCAUGGGAAAGAGCAUGUCAAUGACGAUGUCAACUGGCAAGAGACUUCAGAACUGGAGUUAAAUCAGCAGACAGAAUCAACAGUGGGAGUUGCGAAUAUUUGUUUGAGUAUCUUAUAUAUAUAAAUUCUCUAUAUUGACAAUCUAAAUGUGGGAAAGAAGGGUUGGAAUAAUGCAAUCACCCACCCACAAACCUACAAACCAUCCUGCCGGUGGGGUGUGGGGUGGGAAAGCUCAUUCUCCAUGGAACCGGCAUAAAACCAGGUCUGGGAAGUUGCCCGUUUUGUAUCGCCAGCUUGUGGCAGUAACAAAAUACAACUGAGAGCUCACCAUUGUUGGUCUUUUUAGCUUCCAUUAGUAAAAAGGUCAAACCUCCCUAAUAAACUUUCCUCUUAUUCAGCUGCUAAGAAAUAGGCUGCCUGCUAUUAUAAUUGUGCAUAUUUUUUAACAAAAUCACAGUUGCUUAUCUACGUUGAGUUAAAUUACUUGUAUGAAGUAUUUUGAAUUCAAAGUUGUUAAUAUGUCCAAGCAGAGAGUUAACUUGACUGUGGAUAAACCAGUUUCAAAGCUUAAACUGCGCUGUUAUUUGCAAGCUGAAAGGGGAAUACAUAAAAGUUGGUUUCGGAGGCUGAGAAUCCCAGAACUCCAAGUUCCUGAAGGUGAGGUGUUAAGCGUUCCUUCUCGGAAAUCGAUCCAAGCAAUGAAUGGGGCUUCUGAAUAAACACAGUUAGGAUCAGACUGUAAUUUGUAACAAACAGCAGAUGGGACAUUGAAGUUCGGUUUUUAGGGUUCUCAGACAACUGCCUUUGCAUCUUGGGGAUCUAAAUCUUAGGUAGAAGAAUUAUUCAUCAAUAUGCAGAGCUGGUGACAGGGCUCAAGCAGAGCAGACGACAUUGUCAACAGAGCUUCCUGUGGAUGGGAAAAUCAAAUAGCCAUGUUUGUCAGGGACUUUUAAACAAUCGGACCAGGAUGCAAUGUGAACCCUGCUCCCCGGAUGCUCCCUGGACAUUCAGCAUUCUUUUUUUAGAGAGGAGUUUGUUUAUAAAUCGUGCUUUUAAUUUGUAAUGAAAACAGGGGGGGAAAUAAUUCUAGGUUUCCAUGCUUCCGCUUGUCCACAGCUGGGUUUUCUUUUUUUAAAGCACACAACGCAAUACAUUGUUCUGCAGCGCUGAGGCCUGAACUGGAAAGAUGCUCAGCUAGCCUAACAGUUUCACCACAGUGGCAAUUUAAAGUUAUAUGGAGGCUCUAAACAGGCUCCCCCCAGUCUUGUUUCCUCCAGUUGCCCAACUCCAGGGCCCUUGAGCAUUGGUACUGCUGAUUGCGGAUGAUGGGAGAUGUUGAUCUGGAGACCCCCAGGUUAGAGAAGAUUUCUCUAGGGCGGUAGAAAAUAGACGAAUGCCGUUGAGUUUCUUCACUGGCAUUCAUGGAUAGGGUAGUGUUUUAGGAACUAGAAGCUGGCACAAAAUCAAAUGUGGCUGCUGAGACCCGAGGACAGCUGCCCUGAUGUAGCAGCUACCACUCAGUCCUGUUCUUCCAAUGAAGUCCCUGAGCAAAAUACGCCACACAAGGAAAAAGAGGAGGGGGAAAAGGCAGGCUAAGAAGUGGCUGGUCUGCUUAUGAUUUGCUUGUAUGAUUUGCAUUUAUUAUUAUUAUUAUUAUUAUUAUUAUUAUUAAUAGAAUUUAUAUACCUCCCUAUACCUGGAGGUUUACCAGAUCCUUCAGAGGUAGCAGGACCAUUUCAGCGGUGUACAGACGUACUGCCUGUAAAAUGCUUAAAGGCAAAUGCAGGGUAAUCCCACGAACAUCCAUGAAUCCCCCUUAACAUCCCAUUAGUCACCAACUUUGACUUCCACUAGGAAACUUAAAUAAACACAGUCGUGCUCUUCUCCCAUAGUACGUUAAGGCCUUGCCAUAGAAGGGAAGAGUGAUUGCUGCACCCAUGGAACUUGGAUCGCUGCUCGAGUUGCAUUUUAACCCCUCCCUCCCUCUCUCUCUCAAAUGCAGGGCCCCUGCCAUAUGCUGGAAAGUCUAUCCAGUCGUUCAGCAAAGACAUGUAUGGGUCCGUCGGCUCCACACCAAGCCAGAGUAAGUCUCCACUAAGAGGCGGCAGCACUGAGGACCAGACGCUGUCUCCAGAAGACCUGGGGAAAGGGAAAGUGGAACAGACGCACCUGCUGUCCCGGGACAAGAAGAAAAAGGUCAAAUAUUCAGUAGAGAACCACACAGGUUUAAGGAAGGAGCCCAUUCAGGAUGCCAAGGGCUUCCCUUCCCAGAGCCACCAGGAGAGCCUUCUCCCCGCCAUUAACUUCAGUCAAACAAACCGAAUGCACACGGAUAGGCUGCAACUGAAAGCAGCCAACAGCAUCUCUGCCUACUUCCGGCCCCCUGCCUAUUCCCAACGCCAGGGUAGAUUGCUGGCAGAAGCUCACCCUUUCAAGAACGCAGGGUCAAGCCCCGGGCAACGUUCUGGAAGUUUGGAUCGCCUCCAUCGGCCUGGCAAGAUCAGUCCCUAUGACAAGCCCAGCCGUUUGCUCGGAAAUGCCACCGAUCCCUCCUGGCUCACAAACCGACAGGCGUCAAGCUUGCCAUAUCACCACAGUGUCUCAAAGAACGGUAAGGAAGCAGGGCUUUGCUGCUCACCUUAAGUCCAUUUACAGCUUUAGGCGGCAAUCCUAAACCCGCUCGCACUAGCUUGGGAGUGCCCCUGAUUUUACUGGCGCCUACUUCCAAAUAAGGGACGCGGGUGGCACUGUGGGUUAAACCACAGAGCCUAGGUCUUGCUGGUUAGAAGGUCAACAGUUCAAAUCCCCGUGACAGGGUGAGCUCCUGUUGCUCGGUUCCUGCUCCUGUCAACCUAGCAGUUUGAAAGCACGUCAAAGUGCAAGUAGAUCAAUAGGUACCGCUCUGGUGGGAAAGUAAACGGCGUUUCCGUGCACUGCUCUGGUUCGCCAGAAGCGGCUUAGUCAUGCUGGCCACAUGACCUGGAAGCUGUACGCCGGCUCCCUCAGCCAAUAAAGCGAGAUGAGCGCCGCAACCCCAGAGUCGGGCACGACUGGACCCUAAUGGUCAGGGGUCCCUUUACCUUUUUUACUUCCAAAUAAGCAUAUGUACGAUUAGGUUUUUAAGCUCAGAAGGUUGUGAGCCUUAAUCGGACCUCCCAUGUAAACAACAGCUCAUUCAUUUUCAGUUUAUUCUAUUGGAUAAUAGCGGCUUCGUUUCCCCUAGCAUUUAAAUACCACGUGCAAUAUAUCCCACCGCAAGUAGUACGUACCAUGGUAGCAUCUGCCACUCCCAGUAGUAAAUGCUGUAGUAAAAGGUGGUCAAAUUAAUGCUUUAAAAUAGCCAGAAUAGUAAGUAUAUAAGCCGCUCACUUCCUGCUUUUCAUUUCAAAAUAGCUGCGUGAACCCAGUACAGAUUUGAUCAUUCCCCACAUACUUAUGCAUUUGUCAGCUUAAGGCCCAUUUAUUUUUGCAGGCCUUUGGAGCAUAGCAGGAGCUGUCUAUUUGUCUAGGACUCAGCUAUCCAACUGCAAAUAAAACAUUUUAAGUGUGCCUUAAGUGCAAUAUACAAUGUGACACUAGAUGGCAAUUUCUGUGCACUCUGGUUUCUGUCAUGGUGUCCCAUUGCGCUAGAAGCAGUUUAGUCAUGCUGGCCACAUGACCUGGAAAGCUGUCUGGACAAAUGCCUGCUCCCUUGGCCUGAAGAGCGAGAUGAGCGCCACAACCCCAGAGUCACCUUUGAGUGGACUUAACCAUCCAGGGGUCCUUUACCUUUUACCUUUAUACGAUUGCACAGGAAAACAAAACACAGAAUCUAUAUAUGCAGCUGUGCUUGUUUGCUGUUAGCUUUCUGCCAGACAAUGCAAGGCUUGAACACAGCCAACUAAGCUAAUGGUUUUGAAAGGUCUGAGAAAUAAUGAAAUUGGCAAGGCUGACAAUGGAGCAAAUGAAUGAAAAAACAACAACUAGUUGUUAAAUACAUGAUGACACGGGAUUUGCUUCUUGAUGAAAGUGUCUUGGCAGGCAACAAGCUUUACAGUUAUUCCAACAGACAAUUGAAAAUUCAUCUUGUUUUCUAAAACAUAUAUUACCAGGAGAAACGAACUCUGGCUUGAAUCCUGAUGUUUUUUCUGUUAAUGGAACAGAGCUCGUGGUACAUAAUACAUUUCUACUCUCCACAGCCCCCUGCACUGUUUGUAUAUCUGGUCCCAGGGACCGGGCAACUAUUGAGAUUGGAGCAAGAUGUUCCACAAAGUUCUGUAGGCGAUGGAAAUCGCUUCCCUCCUGUGCAAAUGGAGGAACAACUUACAUUUAUGUGAAAUUCAAUGGAUAAUUAAGAAGUCAAAAACAAACUUCAUUGGGGAAGGGAGGGAAACCAACCAGAAUCAUGCGGCAAUUGUUUAGUUCAUAUGCAAAUUAAACGUAUGGAUUUGGCAAUUAAUAUGGGCUCAAGGUUUAGGAACAAAGUCUAUGCCUGGUUUCAGCCUUUUGAUAGUGUUUUGUUAGGCAUUUGAAAGUAUUAUAAGGGUACAGUAUUAUAAGCACUGAAUAGCCCCUGCCCCUGCUCUGGAAAAGCUGAAGCUGAAUAAAUUACUGCAGCGAUUUCUUAAUAUCGGAGAAGCAGCUGAAAAUCUUAGUACAGGUACUACUUCCGGGUUAGCGGAGUCUGUAACCUGAAGCGUUUGUAACCCAAAGCAUUUGUAACCCGAGGUACCACUGUAUCACUUUAAAAAUGCUCACAUACCCCUUAAUUUUCUGUGUGUAGUUCGUGUGUAGUCUGUGAAAUGACUCAACUGUAGCUAUUUAAACACAUUCAAAAUUCUGAAGGGAUUGUGGAAUCAUAGAAUUGUAGAGCUGUAAGGGACCCCAGAUAUCAUCUAGUCCAACGGAUUCUCUUCCUCAGCUUCCCACCUCUCCCUCCGUCUCUACGGAAUUUCUUACACCCACAGGGGAUCCUAUCUUUUGCUCCACUGGGGAGAGACACUGCAGCCUCUGCAGAUUCUCCAACUCUCCCUCUCCUUGUAAAUGAGCCUUCUUUGGCUUCACGGGGAAAGAGGAAGGAUGAAGCUCGCGGCUGCCAUUCACUUUUUCAUCUUUCUCUCUGGCUAAAGACCAGACAUGCUGGGAGCCUCAAUGAUGCUCCUCUCCAGGCUUCAGCCUGGGCAGAAACCCUCGCUAGAAACCUUUAAAGUUCACUUUUCAACUCAAGUUUCUCUGCUGUGUGAGAUCUGUUGCGUUUGGGGCUUCUGAAUGCCUCUGCACACGAGUUUUUUUUUGUUCCAAUAUUUUUUUGAGAGAGGAAAAAAAUCCAAUUAGUGCAUCAGGUCAGCAUUCUGAUAUCACAACAGGAGGUACUGGAAGCUUGGUGGUUGCUAGAACACCCUAGGAAAAUGAGUGUCUUUAGAGCCAUUAACAAACUGGUCUGUUCCACUGCUUAGUUGCUCGGGUAAGACGGGCUUCCAUUCCUUCCUGCUACGGAGCUGCUCAGCGUUAACUUUCUGUACAUCCAUGGGACUCUUGUUCUUGCUCUAGAUGCUGACAAUACAGAAGUGUGCCUGACAGACUGCAGGAGGGAACAUGAAGAGGUGGAGGCGUUUUGCAGCAGCGAAUUCGGUAAGAUCACCCAGCUCCAACUAAAUCAGUCAUACUUUGGUUACAUACAAGUAUUACUUCUGUUACAACUGUUUUCUAGCACUCCCAAAAGAGUUUUCUUUCCACCCAAGAGAGGAGUUGUCCCUCUUUCCAGAGUCAGGGCUAGCACAAGCCUCCAACUUACUUGGCCACAGUGAAUGUUAACGUUCUAGUUUUAUCAUUGCCAUUGAUAACAUUAUUGUCAACCCAAAAAGGGCAGAGUAGAAAUAUAGAAACACAUGGAAAUACAUUUCAGAGUACUCAGUAGUAGUUUUUAUCUCUGCUCAUGCUCUUACAAAGUGCUCCUUGACAUGCUUUUACUUUUAAACACCUAAGACACCUGGGGCCCCAUCUCUUUGCCUCCCCCCAAGUAAUUUUUUGGUCUGGUUUUUAGCAUACCUAAAAUCCCUUUGCUUGUUAGGGGCUACCCCACAAUUUUGCAUCGUUAGUGCUGCUUGGAUCUUUAUCCAGCAUGGGUACUGUAAAAUGGCUUUAUUUCUUCAGCAGAUGGGAAGGGCACAUUGAGACAGAAAUCUGUUUUAGUUGUGGUUUGCAGAGGCUGCAAUUUAUCAGGCUGUAUUUUUGAAUACCCACAUAUUCAAAAUACUUUCCCCCCCAGGUUGGCCUCAUAUUUUACUAUGAAUAAUGUAUUCAGUUGUUGAAUUAAACUCACCAAUUGUAAAUUUUUACUAGUUUUAUUAGUUCUAACUUUGACAUUUUAAUUAGUUUUUGUGCUGUUUUUUAUUGUGGUGGGCACUGUGCAGCUAACUUAUAUUGAAAAAUAGUUUAUAGAGUGUUACAAGCAGCUUCAAACAAUUGAAAAAUCAGUACCGGCUAGCUAUCAAUUACGUGCUCCUCUCUUUUUUUAAAAGUGGUGAAUGGGAUUGUUCAUGAUGUCAUCAUGGUUCAUAAAGGAACGAGUUUGGUGACACUCUUGGUGAGCAGCAAUGGACUGUACAAGAUAAAUCGCCUGUACUUCACCCCUGAUGGCUUCUUCUUACGAGUUCAUAUGAUGGUUGUGAAUACCUUGAACUGCAGUAAACCCUGUCCGGACUUUAAACUUGGUAAUGUACCACAGCCUUUUCUCUUCUAACUCAGCCCAUGUUAGCAGGGCCAGGCAAGGAGACACGAAAAAAUAAAAUACAGACACAAUGUGUUAAUUUUUGCUAAAGAAACUUCCCUAGUUCUUUUACAACAGUGUUUUCCGAACUUGGAUCUCCAGCUGUUUUCAGACUACAGUUCCCACCAUCCCUGACCACUGGUCCUGUUAGCUAGGGAUGAUGGGAGUUGUAGUCCCAAAACAGCUGGAGACCCAAGUUUGGGAAACCUUGCCAGAAAGACAGGAAGCUGCCUUAUACUAACUCUCCAGGGUUUCAGACAUAUUUCUCUCCUUGAUCUACCUGGAAAUAGAUACCUGCAACCUUCUGCAUACAAUGCAGAUGUUCUUGCACCGAGCUACUUAACAUUCCCGCCACAUCAUUCAAAAGCCACUCAAGUUGUGUAUACAGUAUUUUAGAUUUUAAUUACACCAAUUGGUUGUUGUUGUUUUUUUAAAAGUGUGAGGUUUCUAUUUCCUCAAAGCUUCUUGAGUUAAUCAAACCGAGCUUAUUGCGUACGGUAUUAGGUAAUGAACGACAAAUGGCCCUUGCGGUUAUGGUCCCCUGGCCUCAGCUAAUGCCAUUUUGGCAAGUUAAACACGAGUGCUGUUAAUAUGGGGUCCCUCAGCUCGGGUUUUAAACAGGAAGAUGGAAUACUAAUACUGCUGAAGACUUGGUUGGCGAUGCCAACCUCUCAGGUGUUAAUUAGCCGCAUAAUCAAGUUAACUGUAAAAUGCAGAACCUCAAAAUGUGCUCUGCACCACGCUCGCUGCCGAACAUCAAGAAGGCACCCAUGAUGCUUGUUAUUUUGCAGGAAGCAGAUACAUAACGAUGGGUCAGAUCUACCACAGGAGAAGACAGCUGCCGGCAGUUCUUCAAGAGCAUGUCAGAGGGCACCUGAGGCCAGGAGAUGGGCUGCUUUGGAGGGGCAACAGCUACAUGAAAAGGUUCAACAGAAGGCGGCAUCAGAAAGUUCAACAGGCAGCUCACACCAAAUGUGGGUGAGGAUGUACAGCUCCUCUGGGACUGAAGCAGGUUUGCAGCUGUUAAUUAGAAGCAGCCAUGGCUUUUCCAGCUUCUCUGGAAAAAGGCUCCAGGUCCUGCCUAAAUGGUGGAAGGUUUUUUGUUCCUUUUGCUGUGACACCCUAAUGACUAACCAGGUUAUUGAGACAUGAGCUUUCAUUGGCUUCAGUAAUCUACCAACCAACACAAAAUCCACAACAAACCUGUUUGCAUCUCAAGAUUGAGCUGCGAUUCUGGAAUUUACUACUGUUCAUGGUCAACGCAUGCUUUGAGUUUCUUACUCCCUUUCCUGUUUAUAAUGUACUUUCACAGCUGUAUUUCUACCUGUCUCUAACCAUAGCCCUUCAGUGGAUUACAUAUUUCAUCAAAACUGAUUAUUUUCAUCUCCUGGGCAAGUUGCUACAGGUGCAAAUCAACAUGACAAGAACAGUUCUAAGCUGAAGAUUUAUGCGAAAACGAUGAAACGUGAUAAUAUAGGCACACUUGCUUCUUACCAGGCAUCUUCCAGGUUGUGGCCUGAAUAAUUUCAUUCUCAAUUCUUAAAAUUAAAUCAAGUUUAGGCAUCUAGCUAUUCCAAUUAGCUUGCCUGCUAUGUACUUUGCUUGAUCAAAUCUACGGUUUGUUAUUAUCCAAACUCUGCAAUAAACAGCAUAGGAAAUGCAAGCAGUCUACAAAAACCUCUCAAACGGAAAAUCAAAUGAUGGCUGAAGUUGCCAGCAAUAUGCAUGCUUCCAUGAGAAACCAACAGUUUUGGGCAUUAAUAUUGGGGAGUUCACGUUUUAAAAUAUGAUACAUUCUUUGGCACGAUCAGAAAUGCAUGUGAUUAAAAAUAAACAACGUGUAGAAUUUUAGCUACAAGUAAACCUGCUUAUGGAAUUGGGCUUUCCCAAUUCCACAUCCCCACUAUAGUACUUUGGAGAGUGGGUUUUUAGCACAAGUCAUGCUAUUAUUUACUUUCCUUUUUGCUUGUUAACAGAAGUAAUUUAUGGUGGGAGUUUCUGCUGACCUGAGAGUACACAAAGCUUAUGCAGACAUAUUCAUCCUCAAGUUCAAAUUUAAUAGCCACGAACUAAGCAGAACAUUGGGUGAAUGUUGUAGCUUUCAGGCCAGAAGGUAAGUGUCUUCUGUUAAUAGAUAUUUUUCCCCAGGCAAUUGUACAAAGAAAUUAGGCACAUAUAAAUCAUAAGCAAAAAUGCAAAGAGUUAUCUGCUUUUGGGGCAGUUUCAUGACCGAUCUCACAAAGGCAACUGCCUUAUGUAGAAAACAAUGCAUUCAAACAUUUCGAGGAAACAUAGAGAGUUGAUAACUGAAUGUUUCGAGAAAACUAGGCCUAUGUUCUCAACAACAGCAAUGUCUCCAAGAUGUAGUUACUAUUAAGAGAAAGCAAUAUUGUUAUCAGAAUGCUCCAAUUUAGUAACAGGGCAUAUGUAUGCAAUGGAAAAAAAUGCAGCUCUUCGGCUCAAGUUUCAGAAGAAAAAAAAGACCGCUUGAUGAGAGAUGGAAAGGGAAUGGAAGGCUUCAUAAGCACUCUCUGCCAUUGUAGGGUUUCGGUGUUUUUUAAAAAAGCUCUGACUGGAAUUACCUAGGAGAGCUGCAACCUUAUACCAGCAAAACAAUUCAAAAAUGUCUCCUCGUUAGAUCUGUCAUGAUUUCAUAACAGGUUAAUGCAUUUUAUUAAUGGAAGGAAAGGAGUUGGUUCAGAUUGUGUGGGGAAAUGGCACACUUACAAUCAAGAUGUCAGAAUUGAAUUUUUUCCAAGAUAUCUUGAAUGAAGGCAUUUUAUUUUGUCAAAAGGAGACUUCCUGGCAGCAGCCCAGACCAGUGGGAGGACAGGGGGCAGCCUGCAUACAACUAUUCCCUACAUUUAUUCCAUUAGACUAUUUUCUAUAAUUAACUCAAAUCUAAAUGCCUACGAUGCCAGAUUCUUCCAUUACCAGCGGAAAGGAUGAGCUGUUAUAGGACCAGUGUAGUUUUAAAACUUGCUUCCUAGAAAAGACGAAUACCUAUUUUGAUUAUAUCAGUAUGAAGUAGCUAUUAAUGUACCUGUAUUAAACUAAUUAUAAAAAUGAUGUUCAGAGAUCCUCUUAAUUACUUUGCAGAGCUUGCUGCUUUGGAGAGCUUAGUUCUACUUCCAUGGCAUUUUAUUCUUGUGUGUGAGAGAGAGGUCUUUCCUAAAGCCUCAUGACUUCAUGACCAAGCUGAGAUUUGAACUGGGGAUUUCCUGUAAUGCAAGUGCUUGGUACAAUCCUAUACACUAAAACACUUAGUAAAUCCUCUAGGACAGACUUCUGAGUAAACAUGUUUAAGAUGUGUCUAUCUUUUCCUAACAUUCAAACACUCCGAUAAGGAUUAGUGCUACAUAUACUGAAGUUUGAUGAAAGCAGACUUGGAGGUGAAGAGAGUAACAUUAAAAUGCACCAAUAGCUGGUGAACUCAACCCUUUGCUUUAUCUGAAAUGUUUGGCUUUUGUGUGUGUUUAUUUUCUUUGGAAAUGCAACUCAACAGAUUCCUUGUUUAAAAUGUAAACUUGUAAAAGCAUCUGAAACUCCAAACAUACUUCUUCCCAGCAGUUUUGAAAAUGCUGUUUUGCAUGAUGUGGUAAGAACAGGUAAACUCCCCUCAUUUCUGCCUCUCGAUUCCUGUUAUGAGUUGGAAAACGAAAGGAGUGACAUCUCUGUCCAUAUCUGCCUAUGUAAAUUUCUUUGGAGAGUACUAUCCCCCCUUUAACAGUAUUAGCUAAUUUCCUACGUAGUCAGACUAAUAUGUCUAACGGUACAUGACAUGAAAAACUAUGGUGAAAUAUAGUUGCUUCUCUUCCUUGCUUUUAGCGUAUUGUCAUGAGAUAAAUACUUGAAAACACUGGCUGCAUUUCAGCUUAGGUUUGUUCUCUUUCUGUGAAAAAGACAACUCUGGUUGUACUUGCACUUACCUUUUUCCUCCCAGCGGUAUCUAGAUUGGAUUCUUGUCCCCACAGUAACUAGUUCACUUUGGGUGUGUUUACACAGUAUGUUCUUCCAAGAUGUAACCACUUCUACCUGCUGCGGGACUGUGCACUGAGAAAAGGAGCUAGCAUACUAUCCAACGUUCACGACACAGUAGUUAUAUUUAUUAUGAGUAAAACCCCACCAAAUGUCAUUAAUAAAACUCUGGAAAAUGUUCCUGCGGAUUUACAUGCCAAUUACUAAGAAGAGAAUUACUUCAAAGUAAAAUAAAAUUUAGAAGUGCUGUUGAUGUGAAAUCAAAAGUAAGUCGUGCUCCACUAAAUGUAACAGAACAAUGGCUGCCUUUGGAUGUAAUGCUAAACCGUGAUUUAGCACUAAAAGGACAAGCCUAGCCUCCCUCCUGGGCUCUCCUGCCAUGCAGCUAAGGUUUUAAAUUAACCAAGGCUUCAUGUGUUGUCCAAACCAAGGAUCAUGGUUUAACACUAAUUAUGCUUAACUUCAAAACUAAGAACUGCAAACCGUGGGUUACGAAGUGGGCCUGUUUAACCAUAAAGGUAAAGGGACCCUUGACCAUUAGGUCCAGCCAUGGCCGACUCUGGGGUUGUGACGCUCAUCUCGCUUUACUGGCCGAGGGAGCCGGUGUACAGCUUCUGGGUCAUGUGGCCAGCAUGACUAAGCCACUUCUGGCCGUUUACCUUCCUGCCGGAGCGGUACCUAUUGAUCUACUUGCACUUUGACAUGCUUUUGAACUGCUAGGUUGGCAGGAGCAGGGCCUGCCAUAGUUUGUGUUAAAUCAUGACCCUCAGGUUAACUGUGAUCCAGAGUUAACUAUAAGCAGAAGCAAAAGCUUCCAAACCUCUGCUCUCAGCCAUGUGGAAGGGUAUGUGGUAGCCCAGGAGGCUAGGCUUAUUCUCAAAGCUCUAAAACAUGAUUUAGUGUUAUGUCUGAAUGCAGUCAACCUUUAAGAUUGGUAAAAUAAAAUGGUUGACUAUGCAACUUAAAACAUGUAUUUUUGUUUAAAAAAAUGUUUAAGAGACCAGUUGUAUAUGGUCAUUGCUUACAGUGAUCAUUCAUUAAAAUCCACUAAAUGUUGUGUUUUGCCACAGUGGUAGAAAUGUUCUGCAGCUGUUCAAAGCCAAACCAUUCCAACUUGAGACUCCAUAAAUAGGCCGUAACCCGUCACAAAACAAAGCACCUAAUGAGAAGCUUUUGAACUCCAUUUAGACAUGGAACACCAAAUCCUUCAAUUUGACUGAGGAGCUGCGAUUAAAAAGGGACGUCAGCUGGCUCAUUUUACAUAAUACCCAUGUUAAAGAGAUAUGUCUCAGUAAGUGAACAUACAUUCUGGAGUUUUAAUAAUGCACUGAGAUGUUCGGAAACAAAUCAAAUAUUCUGCACAUUGUUUCAUUAAAAAAAACUGAGUAAAGU